AUGUCAGCAACGCCAGAGUUUAUGCAGUUCAUAAAUUACAUGCAAUGUACUUUAUCCGACAAAAAUACAGCCAUUCUUACGAAUUUAUACGUGAAUUUCACCCAAUAUCAACCACCUAUUGGAUGUAUUCAUUUUGCUGAAAAAUUUAUAUUUUGGAAGCAACUAUACGAUCAAUUCAGCCAAGAACAAGAAAAAAUCGCAAACGCUAACCUUUUCGCUACUAAACCAACAGACCCACGUCUAGAAAUCACCAGAACUCAACUACCAGAAGAUUUAACGAGCCUAUGCGGUGAAAACGACAGUGAACUAUUUCAGACUUUUGAUCUAAAAAAUGAAACUACUACAGCAUCACAAUCACAACCCGCAAAUGAUUCGACAACACUGGACAUCUACAACACCGACAGCUGCACAGAAAUUACCAUGAAGCCAGACAGCGCCAUAACAACAGAAAUUACACCGGAAACUAAUGCCAUUAUCGAAAUAAUAAACGAAUCACAUCCCGAACAAACCUCCCCAACAUCCGAUGAAGAAGAAAAACCACCUACCCCAAACUAUGUAAGAUCCCCAAGCCGCGGUAAAAACAUUGAACAAUUAAAGGCCAUCCACAAUGAAAUUGAAACCGCAACAAAACCGAAACCCGUACCCACACCUCGAAAACGAAAGAGAACCCCCGCUAACGCAGGAGGGCCUGGACCCGGAAGACCGACCAAAGAUUCGGGGUUGCUACACGACGCAAAAAGUGCCGAAAACGAUGAUGCGUCCGACGACACGAUGGCAAUUCGUGAAAUAGCGCUAUUUUCAUCAAACGGACAAGUACGAAAAAAGGCUAAACUGCCAACCAGACACGACAAAGACAUCAAAUGUUUUGCGAUAAAACACUAUUCGCCACUUGAGUAUAUCGCCGAAGAAAAGAUAAAAGCUUUUGGAAUAAUAAAAGAACAAAGACAUAAACUAAAAACACUAAAUUACAUGGAACAAAGUGUGCUUGACAACUUAAAAGAAAUACAAAACUUUUAA